CGUUGCGAGCCGAGUGCGCGGCCGGUCUGGCCGGGGAACCGGUGGCUGAAUCCAUACUACUGUAUCGAAUCCAUGGAGAGCAAACAAAACAUCACAAACCAAGAACAUUGGGAAAUGAAGCCCAGAAGAAGUCUCGAAGAUGAUGAGUCUUUGAAUAAAGAUUCAGGAGACUCAAGCAUGCUGAAAAGACCUGUGGUUUUGGACUUGCAACAAACAACCCAUUUUGAUGAAUAUGAUUGCCCCCCAGAACUUCAACAAGAACAAGAGCUUUUUCCAAUGUGGUCCAUACCACUAAGAAUUGCUGCUGUUGUGGGCUUUCUGACAUUUGCUUAUACUGUAAUGAGAGAGGUCAUUUACCCUUAUGUGAAAUUCCAUAAACAAUACUUAUAUCGAAUUCCAAUCUUGGUCAUCAACAAAGUUUUGCCAAUGGUUUCCAUCACCCUCUUGGCGCUGGUUUAUUUGCCAGGUGUAAUAGCAGCCAUUGUACAACUUCGCAAUGGAACCAAGUAUAAGAGAUUUCCAAAUUGGCUGGAUAAGUGGAUGUUAACCAGAAAGCAAUUUGGGCUUCUCAGCUUCUUUUUCGCUGUGCUGCAUGCAAUUUAUAGUUUGACCUAUCCAAUGAGGCGAUCCUACAGAUAUAUGCUGCUAAACUGGGCGUAUAAACAGGUCCAACAAAAUAAAGAAGAUGCCUGGAUUGAGGAUGAUGUUUGGAGAAUGGAAAUUUAUGUAUCUGUGGGGAUUAUUACACUUGCAUUACUGGCUCUUUUAGCUGUGACAUCUAUUCCAUCUGUCAGUGACACUUUGACAUGGAGAGAAUUUGACUACAUUCAGAGCAAUCUGGGAAUUGCUGCCCUUAUCCUUGGCACAAUGCAUGCAUUGAUUUUUGCCUGGGAUAAAUGGGUAGACAUGAGUCAAUUUAUAUGGUGCACACCUCCAACUUUUAUGAUAGCUGUUUUCCUUCCGAUCAUCGUCCUGAUGGGUAAAGCCAUACUGUUCCUGCCAUACUUCAGGAAAAAGAUUUUGAAGAUCAGACGUGGUUGGGAAGAUGUCAGCAAAGUUAAUAAGGUUGAGAUGUCUUCUCACUUAUAGAAUUACUAUUUAUUUACAUACUUGUUCAAUAUUGAUAGAUUUAACCAUAAACAUUUCAA